AUGGCAUUCUCAACUAGCACCCUUCUCCAAUUCAUCGCCCUCGCGCUCUCCACCACCGUAAGCGCUGCUCCCUCCAAAAACAUCCGUUGCUCCGAUGGGACAGUCGUGCCCGACAGUAUUUGCUGCGAUUUCAUCCCACUUGCCCAAGAUCUUACCGAGACCCUAUUCGAGAACCAGUGUGGUGAAACUGCGCAUGAGGUGCUUCGUCUGAGCUUCCAUGAUGCAAUCGCCAUCUCUCAAUCACUUGGUCCUUCCGCCGGAGGAGGCGCUGACGGCUCCAUGUUGAUCUUCCCUGAUGUCGAGCCCAACUUCGCCGCCAACCUCGGCAUCUCCGACAGCGUGAACGACCUCGCUCCAUUCUUAGCUUCAGGAAAAUUCCCGACUAUCACUGCGGGGGAUAUGAUCCAGUUUGGUGCCACCGUUGCUGUUGGCCUGUGUCCUGGUGCACCUCAGUUGGAGUUCCGUGCUGGACGACCGAAUGCUACUGCCCCUGCUGUUGACGGUUUGAUUCCUGAACCGCAGAACACUGUCGAUGAAAUCUUGGCGCGUUUCCAGGAUGCUGCAAACUUGAACGCUGAGGACAUCGUUUCUCUCCUUGUAUCGCACACAGUGGCCCGCGCUGACCACGUCGAUCCCACUCUGGAUGCUGCCCCUUUUGACUCAGCAAGUCAAAUUUUUGAUAUUUUCCCCGAUGCUUUCGAAUUUAUGUCCACUUUUCAGACUCCCUUCACUUUCGACUCGCAGUUUUUCCUCGAAACCCUCUUGACCGGUGUCGGAUUCCCCGGAACUACCAACAAUACUGGUGAAGUUUCCUCCCCUCUUCCACUCACUGUUGGCGAAAACGUUGGAGAACUUCGACUCCAAUCCGACUUUGAGCUCGCUCGUGACCCCCGAACCGCCUGCUUCUGGCAAUCCAUGAUCAACCAGGAAGCUUUGAUGGCAGCGAGGUUCAAAGCUGCUAUGGCAAAAAUGGCAGUCAUUGGACACAACGCGAAUGAUUUGGUUGACUGCUCUGCCGUAGUCCCGAAGCCUGUUCCUGCUUUGAACAAGCCUGCUACUUUCCCGGCGACAAAGACCAAGGCAGACGUUCAACAAGCUUGCCCUGAGCCCUUCCCAAAUCUCACCACUGACCGUGCUCCCCGAGAAACCGAGAUUCCUCACUGUCCCGACAACGAGGCCACUUGCACUUCCUAG